AUGGCCGCCCUUACACACUCCGCCCUCUGCGAGGCGCUCAGCGGGCCCUCCAUCACUCGCGUCGAUUCCCGAUCCAUCCAUCAGGCGUCGUCUCUCGGCCUCACACUCUCUUCCCCACUCCACGGCCUCACACCAUGUUCCAGCCACAACUCGAGCAUGAGCGACGUACGCUCCUUCCACACCGCCCGACUCAAUGUCGAUGAACCGCCAGCAUCCCCAGAUCGCCGACAUCGCCCUUCCUCCAUCACCAUUCCGAUCGCCACACAAGGUGCCCCCAACUUCUCCGCCUAUCCGCUGAGCGGUAGCGGCCGGGUAUCGCGAAAGAGCCAACAUGUGGUGCCGCCCGAGGCUUCGCAAUCUCACUCGACCUCCUCCAAUGCUGUGUCCCCAUCCCAAUCUCGCCAUGGGCCGAGACGUACGCCUUCGGAAGGCGGAUCCAGCGGUUCCGCUGCCACCUUUAAUCCCAUUCGCUCACCGCAGCCUGGUACGUCAGUGUCCAGGCGGCGGUCGCUUUCGACUCUAGGGCUCGUAAAGAGUGCUGCAAGCCCGUCUUCUUCAAACAGCCACGCCUCCAAGCACAGGCGCCGCGCGUCUUUGGGCUCUGGGGACUUUGACAUGGCUCGUAGGCGCGACAUGGCUGCGGUGGGCCAACUCGACAACCUACCAUACGACUUUGGCCCGGAUUGCAAGAAUGCGACCGCUCCGUCCGAGCUUCAUCUCGCGCCGAUCCCGAUCACUGCCGACCAGGCGGCAGAUCUUCUGAGCCUGGCUGACCUCACGCUCUCGCAAAAGAACGUCCCAACGCGCACCAGCUCGCUCGGCAAGCAUACCCUGCUCUCCCAGGAUGUACCGCCGCGGACGACAUCACUCCACUGCGACCCAAACGCUAUGGACAACGUCUCGUUGGUGUCCAUUUCCGAGCCCUCGCUCUCGUCUCCGUCGAUCCUGACAACGUCGCUCCCGUCGACCAAGACAUCUCUCUCAAGGAGCGUGAGGAAGGGCAAGGAGGGUGACGAGCUCAAGAAGGCCGAGCUUGCCCAAGUCUCCCAGGCGCUCAUGGACCGUCGCCGCAUGAUCCUCCUCGAGAUCGUCGAGACCGAGGUCACUUACGUCCACCAGCUUCGUACCUUGGUCUUCGUCUACCUUCCUCAGCUGGCCGUUCUCCCGUUCGUGUCUGACCGCAUCCACCAGCACAUUGCCCGCAACUCGGUCGACCUCCUCGAGUUCCACGUCCAGUUUGCGGCUCACAUGGUCGACAUUCUCAAGUAUUCGGGUCUCGGCUAUGACGUCUGCGACUCGGAGACCCUCGAUUCGGUCACCAAGGAGCUCACCAGCCUCUUCGUCAGAGAGGUCCCUAGCUUCAGGCUCUACAGCGACUACUGUGCGGGUUCGAUGGUCGCCACCGGCGUUGUAAGCGACAUUACCCAUCGCGCCGACUACGAAGCCUUCGAGAAGCGCUGCCAGCACAUUACCUCCGAGUCAACCCAGGCAUCACUCCACGACAUGCUGUACAACAAGCCUGGUGGUCCGAGCCGCACUCGCCUCCGGUUCAAGGACAUACUUAUCGCACCCAUCCAGCGUGUUUGCCGGUACCCUUUGCUUCUUGCAUCGCUUCUGGCGGACAUCAACCGCGAGGCACCUCCCAAUGACGUCGUUCAAUCCGUCGAGUCUGCGCAAGCCGUUAUGCGUGCCGUGGCUGAGAACGCCGACGACGCUAGGCUCCGGAAGGAGGCAGAACUGAAGACGGCACGGGUGGCUGAACGCCUCGAGCCUCACAAUGCCCUGAGCAAGGAAUUCCUCUACCGCCUUGGCCCCUGUCGUUUGAUUGGUGCACUCGACGUCCUGUAUCACCACCCAAUUCAUGCGCCGCUCGAUCGCCCGACCAAGGUCCGCUACUUUGUCGCUCUGUUGUACCGCGGGUAUCUGAUCCUCGCAAAGGUCAGACGGAACAAGACGCUUGAGGCUCGCCACUUUUUGCCGCUCGAGGUAGUUGAUCUCAUUGACAUCACGGAAGGAUCCCUGGCUUUCAGUCUCCGCCUCACUAUCAGAGACCACAACUUUGACCUCGCUGCUUCUUGCGAUGCGGAGAAGGAGUUGUGGGCUGCCGAGCUCAAGGUCGCCCGCGAUGAGAGCACCAUGCCGCCGUUCGAGCUCCCGUCCAGCGUCCCGCUGUUCUCAACACGGUCUCGUCACUCGUCCACAAACUCUAGAGACAUGCCGUCCCGCACUGCCAACAAGCGGGCGACCAUGCUGGGGGCAGAGUCCCUAAGCAUCAACAAGCGGCACACGUUUGUGGCUACGGCCGACUUCCAACUUGCCAGCAAGCUGCUGAGCACCCCCCCUGACUCGGACACAAUGUCAUUAGAGGACUUGCCGGAUCCCGAAUACAAGCCAGAGUACCGGCAGUCCCAACCAUUGAACCUCCUAAUUCACCGCCCCUCCCUCACUACCCGUCUUAUGGUCGACCGCGCUCUCGGGGACGUCAUUUCGGAGAGCCUCGCCACAGCCCGGAGCAAGGCUCAACUGCAAUAUCCGUCUGGCCCCGACCAGCGCCGCGUAUCGCGCUUCGAGACGCCCAUGCUGCGGCGCCGGAGAAGUCUGGCCGGCCUGUCCGAGAUGCGUCCGCUCGACAUCGUCUCGACGCAGGAAGUGCGCGGCGCUGUCAUCCCUGGCGCUCGCCCGCGUUCCCUCAUGCGCACGCGCUCGUUCAUCCUUCCCAAGAACAUCACAGACAAAGAGAACGCCGACAUCCCGCGUAACAUGUCGUUCUCAUCGCUUAAUGACGCGCACCGCCGGCGCUCGCCCAUGUCGUCGCUGCGUGGUCUCGAGAUGACCAUGGGGCCUGCCGCUAGAGCUGGUCAUCAGCGUACGCAAUCCGCGUCAAUGCUCUCGCAGGCGCUCGUCCAGUCUCCACUCGAGAUGAUGGAGGACGAGGUGCUCGAGGAGGAGAAGCCGCGCAAAUCGCUGAACCGCGCUCGCUCGAUGCCGUCGUCUCCCAUUACGCCGACUGUCGAAGCCUUCCCCGAGCUUGAGAUGAGCCAUAGUACGGGUGACAUGCGCUCCAAGGACAAGGACUCGUACGUCCUCGUCGGGAACGCGGUGCCUCGGGCUCGCUCCCAGACGGCCAGUGCGGCGGCCAGCACGGCCUCGUCACGGCAGAGCACGAUGGCGACGCCCAUGUCCAUCUCUCCAGCUCGAGCAGUCAAGCGCUCGCUGUCGUUCUUCGGGCGCAAGAGCCUAAGCGCGCUCUCCAACGACUCGUCGGAUGGACACGGCCCGGUCGCAUCAGCUGCGCCGUCGCCGAGCACGACUCCUCCCACCCCCGACAUGGCGGCGUCGUCGCCCGUCACGCCCCGGAGACGCCGCAGCAUCAAGCUCCUCGGCACGUUCCGGGGCUUUACGCCCAUCUAA